AUGGAGGGCACUACCAAUGCCACGGUGAUUUUCUGCAUUGUUCUAGUAGUUUUCCUGCAGGUGUCGUGCGCCGUUUCCAGGCACCCCGCGGAAGGGAAGUUUGAGCUUCAACAGAACGUCCCGGCCGUGAUGACGGUGAACGGCUUCCAGGAAGGAGAGGGGGGCGGCGGGCCGGCGGCGUACGACGGCCAGUACCACAGCGACGACGAGUUCGUGGUGUCACUGUCCUCGGAGUGGUACGCGGGCGGGGCCCGGUGCGGCAGGGCAAUCCGCAUAGUCGACCCUUCCAAUUAUGGCAUAAACGCCAAGGUCGUCGACGAGUGCGCCGGCUGCGACAACGAAGUGGGCGCCUCGUCCCAUAUCUGGAAGAACUUCGAUCUUGACACUAGCCUCGGUCAGGUGGACAUGAAAUGGUCGGACCUCGACUUCUAA